UUACCUCUCUCUCAACAUCAUGUCCCCCUACUAUCCUUUUCACCAUGUCCUGAUACCCGAUCGGAUAAUAAUCCAUAUUGUACCGAGCAUAUCGUUCCAUGCAGGCCAAGUCCCUCCACCGAUCAAGACCAAGAAUCAUCGUCAUCCUACAGUCUACCCCCCCCAUCAAGACCUCUACACAUCAACAGCUCAGAUCUCAACCACAGUAUCCGUACUCCGUCCCAAACCCCAAUAGGUAGACAGCAAGAACGCCCCAAAAGGAUGAACAACAGCAUACCACACUGAUAACCACCACAAACAACGCCUCCCAAAUCUCAAUCCAAUAGACAAUGCAGUUAACUUGCAGAACGCGGAACCAAAACGCGCACCUGUGGCAUCAUGGCGCUUUCAAAGCAAGUGCAUGUCAAAAGAACCACAUUGACGUCAGCGGCCCUGCCACUAUCUACCCGUAACUCAUUAGCGCUGGCUUGGGGGGUUGGCUAUUGGCCACUCUAGCAUGGAAUAAGCAGAUCACACGCUCUGUUGUAUAAUUUAUCCCGGAGUAGCAUUGACAGGUCGCUUGGGUUGGGAGGAAUAAAUUAAGCCAGUUAUGGGGAGAAAUAUGCAAAAGCAAUCUAGUGGGUUUGUUGAAGGAGUAUAUGUGAG